AUGCAUGAAGUGAUGCGACUGCCGGUCGGCUGCAUAACAACCGUAGGGAAAUGUGUUCGCACGGAAAUAAUCGGGUCUAACGAAUGCAAGGAGAUGAAAUUAGGGGAAGCUGUGACAAUAAGAAUACCACGCGAGAGGGCUUCAGACGUUGUAGCUAGACGCCGCCUCGUUGUUGGAAGUGCGUUGACAAAAAAAAAGUCUCCCGCGGAACCUAGUGCAGCCAUGAUAAUAUCUGAUAGGAAGGAAAUUGCUGUUAUACUAUUGCAACUGGCUCGAAUGCAAGAUCAUGCAGCUAAACAUGUGCUGAACUCAAUCCGUGCAGCUCGGCUUUGGGCACCAGUCCUUGUUGGUGGUUUCGACUUUGUGUGA